AUGAAGAGUACUCUCAUCCGUGUCUCAUCGGUUAUCGUGCUGAUGAUGGUGCUCAUGACAUGCCUGCUCAUGUCAUCGUCGUCUCACAUUUUUGUCAGCGGCAACAGCAAGGAAUUACACAUGAUCCAACCAUUGACACCCACAAAUUCAGAAUCAGCAGAUCUUCCCAGUAAAUUAAUUCAAUUACGAAAGACUCGUGUCUCUGGAGGCACAAAAGCAUCUACCAAUGAGUUUCCAUUCAUUGUCUCCAUUCAAUAUUUAACUUCUUCGUCAUCGGCUGAACACUUUUGUGGAGGAUCUAUUAUUGCUCCGAAUUUCAUCUUGACAGCAGCUCACUGUUUCUAUGAUGACGCUGGACGAUUAAUUUCAGCAUCCAAUAUUGUUGUGGUCCAUGGACGAACCAAUGUUGCAUGCUCUCCAUUAAGUUCUUGCUCGUAUGUUCAGGCUAAAACUUAUACCAUACAUCCAUCUUACAGUACAAGUACGAUACGAAAUGAUAUUGCAUUGAUUGAACUUGUCUCAAAUAUUGCCAUUGAUGGAACAAAAACAAGAGUUGCAUACAUUGAAUCAGGAUCUGUACCUCUCUCCUAUUAUGUGUUUGUGAGUGGUUGGGGUUAUUAUGAUAGUUCAGGUACAAUUUCUACCUCAUUGCUAAAAGCCCGAGUUCCAAUUGUGAGUGUUUCAAAGUGUAAUGAUCUUGGUUUACAAACUACAUCUCCCAUGCAAAUCUGUGCUGGAUUAGGUCAGGGUGUUGAUGCUUGUUCAGGUGACAGUGGAGGUCCAAUUUUCAGAUACUACUCUGGAUCCAAUUACACUACAAAUGACUAUGUUGUGACAGGAAUUGUUUCAUAUGGUCCUGAUAUAUCAUGCGGUUCACAAGGUAGUUUGGGAGUGUAUUCCAAUACGACAUACUUUUUGAAAACAUUCCUUCAAAGUCGAGUGCCAUCGAUUCAAUUAAGUGCAUUUGAUGCGUCAAGAGAUUACCAAAAAGCGAACGACGCAACAUCAAUAUUUAAUAGGAAAAUGAGCUUGCUUUCAAGUUGUGCUUAUUUGAGCACCACCAUUGUUAUUAGUGUUUGGUUGUUUAUAAUUUCCAUGUAG